UACGGACUACAGUUUCAUGGCGGAUCCAGUGCUUGCCGAGAAGAGGAGAGCUAUAUCGAACAACAUCGACGUACCACUAAACCCAAGGAAGAGAGGGAUCUCGAGCCAUCCAGGCUGAGGACGUUGGCGAGGUGAUGGACGAACGCAUGGCGGCGAUGGUGCUCACCAGUCUCUCAUGCAGCCCCAUCUCACCGCCAUUCACGUCCAGACUCUCAGACACUGGGAGUGUGGGCAGCAGUGAUACGGCUUACUCGUCCAGCUAUACGUCAUCGCCGUCGCCGCCGCUGCUGCUGAGUCGCAGUGCCCCCUUGCAGGGGACGACGCCGCAGCACGGCAAUGCCGACGAGGGCAUUGAUGUCGACGACGCAUUCGGUUAUUUCGCGGACGAGGCUUCUCCCAGGAAGAGGAAGGCAUCGACUAAAGUGAUGUAUCGCUGUGCAUGGCACGGAUGCGGAAUGCUUCUACACACUGACAGGUCUAUAGCCAGCCACGUGAGAGAGGUUCACCUAGGGCGAAAGAAACAUGGCGGCGGAGACUCGGACAUGAGCGAUGACAACGACGACCACGAAGAAGAGUUCUACUACACAGAGGAAGAGGUGGGCGUAGAUAUACCACUGAGACAUGGUCAGUCCCUCUCCCCCACACCCAUCACCGGGGAGGCGGCCGGAGCACCACUGGAGCAAGACCCCAUUUUCAAAGAACACCAGUACGGAGCAAGACCUUGCCACGCAGCCCCAAUACCCAUUCCACUGGUGCAGAAAUCUCUCUCGUGGCAACCUUCGUCAACAAACUACUUGGGGUCGCCUCACAGCCGCCGUCAGCUGUUUAACUAUGGCAGCAAUUCCGUACGCUCCUCGCCGAUGCAUAGCUCUUCCUCCUCGCUCAAGUGCGUGCCCCUGAGCAAGAAGUCGCGUGGGGAGAUGCGCAAGUGUCGGAAGGUCUACGGCAUGGAGAAUCGCGACCAAUGGUGCACGCAGUGCAAGUGGAAGAAAGCCUGCACGAGAUUCCUAGAGUGAAGCGAGGAGGUUCGUCCCAGCUGCCGCCGCCGCCGCCCCGGUCGAUGACGUUCGCAGUUUUUUAAGAGCGUAAACUUCGGAGAUGAAACGACUCGACUUUUGUAAAUUCCCGUACAGCGAAAAGAUGCUCAUCUGAGUGUGCACGGCGCGUGCCUGCGUGCGUGCGUGCGUGCGUAGCUUCGCAUAAUUGGUCGUACCGACGCGGUGUUGUUAUCGGCAACCCUAGCCGCUACCUAAUCAUGGCGGUGGCUUGUUUGGAAUGUACGUUCCUGUACAUUUCGUUCGCGAACCAAACUUCUAAAAAGAUUGUACGGCAAAUAGGUACCCUCAAGUGGUGACCCCAAGAAAGAGCAGAAGUUGUAAUUGCUGCUGUAAAAGAGGCUAUGAGUGUAAACUAUCGUUCACCAUUGUGUGUGCCUCGAUCUCGCUCCCACGACUACCAUGCUGCUGUGAAGCAUGCAUUACAUGCUGCAAGUAACAGAAAUGAGUAUUUCGGUCUCGCGUCUCGUUGAUGUUAGUAAAUAGCCACAACCGCCUUAUAAAUUACAGGGAACAGAGCGAAUGGUGUUCACGUUAGCAAACACCUUGAUGUAAUAUGACCUUGACGCAUCGCGAUCUAUAUGGGCGCUACGUCCUUGAAAUCGUAAACGCUCAAACAUGCCCUAUAUUUCACACCGAGAUACGUGGCAGCGUCUAUCUUAUAGGGAUAUUCCCUUCCGAUCAACACAGGGAGACUUGAACUGUGUAAAUUUUGUAUAGAAAGACCAAUGGACACAUUUUAGUUUCAUACAAGUUCUCUCACUGGUGAGCUCAAUCUUGUAAGACUGUACAAAACACUACGACCAGCUCCAGCUAUACGAUCACGGACUUAUGCAUAUCACCUCAAUAUACACAGGUUCGUGAUACAACUGCACGUAAGGAGUGAAAAGUUGCAAUAUGUGGUUUUCCCUGUAAAAUACGUGAAGAGAGAUUUUAUAUACCGUA